UCACUUAAUAUAAGUCUCGCUCACAAUUAUUUAUCCCGAACCGCUCUUAUUCAACCAUGACUCUCGUUAUCGAUCCUCCGCUCCUCAACUCCGCUUGUCCGUGGGCGACCACAGAAGCAGACCUUCAAGGACUCUAUGAUUGCCCGCAUACUGGAGCGAUCACCAUUCGUACAUCACGUCUAGAUGGCUUCGCUAAUGAUCCGAGCAUUCAUCAAUAUGCUUUCUUCAACCCCUCGUCUCAAACCGCCUCUGCGGAUCCAUCGGCUCCCGCGCCCGGAGCGGAUGCCAGUAUGAAUUCACUCGGAUACAGCCCUAUCAAGCUAGAGGAAUACUUGGGCUACAUUAAGAAUAUUGCAUCGAAAUCCAAGCCGCAGACCCAAGGCGGUUCCGCAAACGAAACGGAUCCCAAGCUGCAACCGAUCAUCAUCUCGGUCACCGGCACUCCUGAGCAGGUUACCGAAUGUUAUCGCCAAAUCACCGCCCUCCAGAAGGAGGUGGAGAUUCCGCUCGCCAUGGAAAUCAACCUCUCGUGCCCCAAUAUCCUCAACAUGCCCCUUCCCGGGUACUCGAGCGAGUCGCUGUCGACAUUCCUCACCGCACUGGCCUACGAGCUGGAGAGGCAGCGUCGCCACCGAAAACCCGCCGGAUCUGCCCGCUCCUCGGGCUCAGCGAGCUCGUUCCAGACGACGGGCGACAAUGUUGCGGGGUGGAGACGGGCGGUCCCGAUCGGUCUCAAGAUGCCGCCCUACACGUAUGCUGGACAAUUCGAGCAAAUGAUCGCGGCAUUGGCGAUUUCGACGUCGCUUGCGUCACCUUGUCCGAUCGCCUUUCUCACCGCGACAAAUACCCUGGGAUCAUGCCUCGUCCUCUCGGAGCAUCAGGACGGAAAGCCGUUCACGCCGGUAUUGAAUACAACCUCGCAAGCGGGGAUUGGAGGGAUGGCUGGCGCGCCACUCCAUCCGCUUGCGCUCGGGAAUGUCAAGAUGCUGAGAGAGCUACUUGAUACAAAUCCCGACCUUGCUCAUAUCAUGAUCAUUGGUGUGGGCGGGGUGUCGGAUCGAGCAGGGUUCGAACGGAUGAGACAUGUUGGCGCUGGGGCGGUUGGUCUUGCAUCGGCUUUGGGUCGAAAGGGCAUCACGGUCUUUAAGGAGAUCCUGGAAGGGUAAAUGUCAAGGCUUCACUGAAAAUCAUCAACUUGAAUCUGGAUAAUUCCACCAUCGAAUGUAACGU